CGCGGUUUUUCACCUUCUUCACCGACUGGUGAGCUGAGUUGCCAUAGGAAUUAGAAGCGUCGGCUGUCUCAUCUAAAGAGACAAAAUCACCUUUCAUCACCAUGGCCGAUCGUCCUCCUCCUCCUGCUAUAACCUCCUCGUUAAUUCAUCCACCGCAAACUCGCCUCGUCACUUCCGUUUCACGAUUACGGUUUCCUUCUGCCGCGAAACACUGUGGAGUUGGAGAGAUCCUCCACGCUACACAACACCCGCGACCACCGCGCCGUUCGUACAGCGGCGCACCACCGGCGGCGUUGGAGGCUAUUUUCCCGGUAAAUACCCACAGAUAUCGCAUAUCUGUAGGCCCAUGAUCCCCAUGUGGAGCCCCAUUCCCGUCUCUAAGAUACAAUUUAGAAAUUUCCGUUGUUUUAGAUUGGACAAUGAUUCGAAUUUUGUAGGUAUGCAUUGGGGAUUUUGAAUAUUUUGGGCGAAGGGGAAUUGUGCAUAACUGGUCGCUCACGGGAAAUUUGUUGGAUUGAAUUUAGUAAGGAUAAUUUAAUUCUAUUCAGUGGAGAAGUGAGAAAAGGAUAAUUUAAUUCUAUUCAAGUGGGCACUUUAUAUUGAUUGAAAUUGGUAAACUUCUUCUUCUUCUUUCUUCUGUUCACAUCUUGGCAGUGGGCACUACUUGUACUGCUUCACUGGGAACGCUGGAAAGGGUAAAACCGGCGGCAGCUGAGCCUCUCUAAGGAAGGAAGGUGAAAAGUGAGGGAGAACGAGAAGUAGAGGAGCUGCCAUGCCAGGUUUACCCUUAGCAGAGUCCGGCUGCGGGCCGGACGACUUCCCGGCCAAGCUCACCUUGCAGGUUGUUCUUUGCACCAUCAUUGCCGCGUUUGGUGGAUUCAUGUUUGGUUACGACGUUGGUAUUUCAGGUGGAGUUACAGCGAUGGACAGUUUCUUGAAACCUUUCUUCCCACAUGUUUACAUCAAGAAGCACACGGCCAGAUCGAACAACUACUGCAAGUACAAUGACCAUUAUCUCCAGCUAUUCACUUCAUCGCUCUACCUGGCAGCAAUUGUGGCCAGCUUCGUUGCGUCUCUUGUUUGCAAGAGACUGGGGAGAAGACCUGCUAUGCAGAUCGCCUCUGUCUUCUUCUUUACCGGAGCAGCUAUCAAUGCUGCGGCUUUGAACCUCCCCAUGUUGAUCAUCGGACGGCUUUUGUUAGGAGCCGGAGUUGGGUUCGGAAAUCAGACGGUGCCAUUGUUCAUAUCUGAAAUCGCUCCAGCAAAGUACAGAGGAGGGCUCAACAUCUGCUUUCAGUUGCUGAUCACACUUGGAAUCUUGAGUGCCAACAUUGUAAAUUUCAUAACUUCAAAGGUGCAUCCUUAUGGUUGGAGAAUUUCCUUAGGUGGAGCUGCCGUCCCAGCCGUAGUCCUCCUUAUAGGCUCUUUCAUGAUUGUGGAGACACCCACGAGUCUUCUGGAGAGAGGGGAGACUGACAAGGCUCGAUCCACUCUAAAGAAGAUCAGGGGAGUUGAUAAUGUCGGAAAAGAAUACGCUGAAAUCCGAGAAGCAGUUGAACUCGCUAGUCAGGUUCAGCACCCCUUCAGAAGUCUCAGGAAAAGAUACUACAGGCCGCAGCUCAUUUGCGGGACAAUCAUUCAGGUCUUCCAGCAGCUAACAGGGAUCAGCGUGAUCACAUUCUACUCCCCAGCUCUGUUUCAGACCAUGGGUUUUGGGGAGCAUGCGUCCCUUUUCUCAGCUGUCGUGAUCAACACCAUCAAACCCGUAUGCACCAUCGUCGCUAUUUUGGUGGUGGAUAGGUUUGGUAGACGGGCAUUGCUUAUUGAAGCUUCUGUCCAGCUGUUCAUUGCUGAGUGUGCAAUUGGAGCGAUUCUGGCCACACACCUCGAUGCAACGAGCAUAAUGGAGAGGGAUUAUGCGGUAGCGGUGAUAUGCCUCAUAUGCGUGUUCUUGUCUGGAUUUGCUUGGUCAUGGGGUCCAUUGGGAUGGCUGAUUCCAAGUGAGAUCUAUCCAUUGGAGACCAGGACUGCUGGGUUCUUCAUGGCCGUGAGCAUGAACAUGCUGGUGACGUUCAUGGUAGCUCAGACGUUCCUGACGAUGCUGUGCCACAUGAGGGCAGGGGCGUUCUUCUUCUUCGCCGGGUGCCUGUUUGUGAUGGGGACGUUUGCAGUUGUGUUGCUCCCUGAGACCAAGGGAGUCCCCAUCGAUGAAAUGAUCGGCAGGGUUUGGAAGAAACACUGGUUCUGGAAGAGGCCUCACGCAGCGGAACCCGCAACUCUCCUUGCCUUCCCCACUUUCGCCUGCCGAUCGUCGAGGAAAACCAUGAGCACCACUGGCGGCUGCCUCUACAAGGAUCCAAAUGCGCCCGUCGAAGCUCGGGUCAAGGACCUUCUUUCCCGGAUGACUCUGGAAGAGAAGCUGGCUCAGAUGAUUCAACUCGACCGGGUCGUCGCCGAUUCCUACUUCCUCCGGGACCUCGCCGUCGGGAGUGUGCUCAGCACUGGCGGGAGCGCGCCUUUUGAAAAUGCGCUUGCAUCUGAUUGGGCCGACAUGGUCGAUGGUUUCCAGAAGCUGGCUCUAGAAUCCCGGCUUGGGAUAUCAAUUCUCUAUGGGGCUGAUGCUGUUCAUGGGAACAAUUGCGUUUAUGGUGCCACGGUUUUCCCUCAUAACGUUGGCCUUGGCGCCACCAGAGAUGCAGAUUUAGUGAAAAGAAUAGGUGUUGCAACGGCACUUGAAGUCAGGGCAAGUGGUAUUCAAUAUACAUUUGCUCCCUGCGUAGCUGUAUCCAGAGACCCACGAUGGGGAAGAUGCUACGAGAGUUACAGUGAAGACACCAAUAUAGUUAGAAAAAUGACCUCCAUUGUUGCUGGCCUCCAGGGACAGCCGCCUGAAGGCCACCCACAUGGCUAUCCUUUUAUAGCAGGAAGAAACAACAUUGUUGCCUGUGCUAAGCAUUUUGUUGGAGAUGGGGGCACUCACAGAGGUCUAAAUGAAGGCAACACAAUGUUGUCAUAUGAAGAUCUUGAGAGGAUCCACAUGGCUCCCUAUUUGGAUUGUAUAGCCCAAGGUGUGGGCACUAUUAUGGCUUCCUAUUCUAGCUGGAAUGGAAGUAAACUGCAUACUGACCGUUUCCUCCUGACUGAAGUCUUAAAAGAUAAGUUGGGGUUUAAGGGAUUUGUGAUCUCUGACUGGGAAGCAUUGAACAGACUCAGCGAACCUCUUGGUUCCAACUACCGCCGAUGUGUUGCUAGUGCCGUUAAUGCUGGAAUAGACAUGGUGAUGGUUGGCCGGAAAUAUAACCAAUUUGUGGAAGAUAUAAUUUCUCUUGCGAAAUCAGGGGAGAUACCAACAUCCAGGAUUAAUGAUGCUGUUGAAAGAAUACUGAGAGUGAAGUUUAUUGCUGGCCUGUUCGAGUAUCCCUUUGCUGACAGGUCCUUACUAGGCACAGUUGGCUGCAAGCUUCACAGGAACUUGGCACAGGAAGCAGUCCGCAAAUCAUUGGUUCUGCUGAAAAAUGGCAAGGAGUCCAACAAACCUUUUCUUCCAUUGGACAAGAACGCUAAAAAGAUUCUUGUUGCUGGGACUCAUGCUGAUAAUCUUGGAUAUCAGUGCGGAGGAUGGACGAUAGCCUGGUACGGAUUAGGUGGCAGGAUUACCAUUGGGACGACCAUAUUGGAUGCUGUUAGAAAAGCAGUUGGAGAGAAGACAGAAAUUGUUUUCGAGGAAUACCCAUCACCAGAAACCUUAUCGGGUCAUGAUUUCUCGUAUGCCAUUGUAGCGGUUGGUGAAUCUCCAUAUGCAGAAUUUACGGGAGACAAUGCAGAGCUUGUAAUCCCCAUGGGAGGACGAGACAUCUUAAGCUUGGUCUCUGACAGAGUGCCCACACUGGCAAUUGUUGUAUCUGGACGGCCGCUCGUCGUAGAACCACAUAUACUGGAGAAGACAGAUGCCCUUGUUGCUGCCUGGUUGCCAGGAACUGAAGGGGAUGGAAUUACGGAUGUAAUCUUUGGAGACCAUGAUUUUAAGGGACAAUUGCCAGUGACAUGGUUCAAGGAGGUCAAGCAGUUGCCAAUGAACCAUGGGGAGAACAAUGAGUAUGAUCCUCUUUUUCCCUUUGGGUUUGGACUGACAUACGAAUGAGAAGGAGGGAAUUCCAUCAUGAAACUUGAUUCGUGGUGGAAGGCCGGCUGCUGCUGCAGAAACACACCGCUUUCUACUGUUUGUACACUCACUGGAAUGAUAAUAACUUGCUUUGAUGGGUGAACCUCCCUAGCAGUUGUUAAUGUCACUUUGUACUUCAUUUGUUAAAAUAAUAAAAUGUACCAUUCUGUUGUCAGAAUAUCAUGCAAUUUCGACC